ACUUUCACAAUCAGCACCAACAACUAUAUCAACACCAAUACAGAACAGUGGUGAUCCUCACAACCCCCAGUCACUACCAAUGGGUUAUCCUUCUUGGGCAUCAUAUGCAGCCGCAUGGCUUGCAACCGUAGCCCUCCUCCUCCUCUCCCGCUACCUCCGCCGCCGCAAAGCAAACUUGCCACCAGGCCCAAAACCAUGGCCCAUCAUCGGAAACCUGAACCUCAUAGGCUCACUCCCCCACCGAUCCAUCCACGAACUGUCCCAAAAAUACGGCCCCAUCAUGCAUCUCCGUUUCGGGUCAUUCCCCGUCGUUGUAGGCUCCUCCGUCGAGAUGGCCAAGGCCUUCCUCAAAACGAACGAUGUCACCUUCGCCAACCGGCCCAAGAUCGCCGCCGGCAAAUACACCACCUACAACUAUUCCGACAUCACCUGGUCCCCUUACGGCCCGUACUGGCGCCAGGCUCGAAGAAUGUGUUUGAUGGAACUCUUCAGCGCAAAACGCUUGGAAUCCUACGAGUACAUACGCAAGGAGGAAAUGAACAUGUUGCUCAGAGGCUUGCACGAGUCGUCGAACAAGGUGGUCACCUUGAAAGACCACCUUUCGACGGUGAGUCUGAACGUGAUAAGCCGCAUGGUUCUCGGAAAGAAGUACACCGACGAAUCGGAGGCGUCGAUUGUGAGCCCGGAGGAGUUCAAGAAGAUGUUGGACGAGCUGUUCUUGCUGAGUGGGGUGUUGAAUAUUGGGGAUUCGAUACCUUGGAUCGAUUUCUUGGACUUGCAGGGGUAUAUUAAGAGAAUGAAGGCGUUGAGCAAGAAGUUUGAUAGGUUCUUGGAGCAUGUGUUGGAUGAACAUAUUGCAAAGAGGAAAGAUGCCAAGGAUGAAGCUGCAAAGGACAUGGUAGAUCUGCUGUUGGACCUUGCUGAGGAUCCCACUCUCGAUGUUAAGCUCGAAAGACAUGGCGUCAAGGCAUUUACCCAGGAUCUGAUAGCCGGUGGAACUGAGAGCUCGGCUGUUACUGUGGAAUGGGCAAUCUCUGAGCUCCUAAAAAAGCCAGAGAUUUUCAAGAAGGCUGCAGAAGAGCUGGACACGGUGAUUGGAAGAGAUAGAUGGGUUGAAGAGAAGGACAUUGUGAAUCUACCAUACAUUGAUGCAAUUGCUAAGGAAACAAUGCGGCUCCACCCAGUGGCACCGAUGUUAGUGCCUCGCCUAUCCCGUGAGGACUGCAAGAUUGAAGGGUAUGACAUUCUCAAAGGGACACGAGUGCUUGUAAACGUGUGGACCAUUGGAAGGGAUCCUGCAGUAUGGGAGAACCCUAAUGAGUUUUGCCCUGAGAGGUUCAUUGGGAAAGACAUUGAUGUCAAGGGCCAUGAUUAUGAGCUGCUGCCUUUCGGCUCCGGUAGAAGGAUGUGCCCGGGUUACAGUCUCGGUCUAAAGGUGAUUCAAUCGAGCUUGGCUAAUCUACUCCAUGGAUUUACAUGGAAAUUGCCAGGGAACAUGGAGAAAGAAAGUCUGGACAUGGAGGAGAUUUUUGGGCUUUCAACGCCUAAGAAAAUCCCACUUGAGGCUGUUGUGGAGCCAAGGCUUCCAAAGCAUGUUUACUCUCUGUGAUUCUGGCUUACGCAUAAGUCUCCCCGGCCAAUAAGUUUUUUCAAACUCUUCUAGCCCUACUGUUAUAAUGCUAUGCGCUUCUUAAUAGAUUUGCUAUCAUGGUAAUGGUGUUGUUAAUUAAUGUGAUCUAUAUUUCGUAUA